AAAACUUGAUGACAUGUUGAUCGAUGGUGACAAGGAUAGUAAAUGUGUACAGUUUAACAACUGUCAUCAGAAAGGAUGUGUUUACUCAGACCCCUACCAACAUGUAACAACCAUAUUACACAGAAUGGAUAAAAUAAGACAUUUUCAUGAACAUAUAAAAGACAGGAUUGAAAACAAAAUUGUUUUAUUCGCAUAGAGUUGACAAGUCUUGAAGUGUUAUAGCAAAUGAUGUUAGAGCAAACGGCAGAACCAGCACCUAUCUAGAACUGGAUUUUAACGACAAGUAACAUGGCACAGAUGAUGACAAUGCAUCAUGUCAUUUUUUUGAUAAAGAAUUCACGGUUAUUAAGUUUCCGUGAAAAUGAGCCCUAAUUUCGAGUCUCCCGCGUGCGUCGUUCACUUACUUUGAAAGGGUGGCUGCCGUCGGUAAUGGUGGCCCAAACCGAGUGGUCACGUGGUAUAUACUUUGACGUCUUUUGGUCGCCCAUGACACAAACUUCAUGCACCCUGAUGUCUUUAUAUUAAUGCAGGUAUAACAGGUACGUUACUGUCAGCACCAGAACUACAAGGCGACCGUGGUAUUGUCUGUGGCUCUGUGAAAGAGAGUACAUCGAGUACAGAUUGGAGAAGAAAAAGCUGUGUGAUUGCUGUCCUGGAAGGAAAAUGGAAGGUGGAGUAUGCAGAGAAUGCGACGAGGGACAGUAUGGCAUAAAUUGUGCGAGCGUCUGUUCGUGCGAGGAGGGAUAUCACUGCGAUCCGGUGGAUGGCUUUUGCACGUGUAGAAAAGGCGUUGCCGAUGCAAGUUGUCAACCGCUCAACAGUAGCUGUUCUGGAGUAGGGAGAGGCCGUCUUUGCAGCAACAUGACCUGUAACUAUGCCUGCGUGAACGGCCAAAAGUGUAACCACCACACAAACAUGUGCGAAUGUCCGCUGGACUGGCGCGAUGACUCCGGGGGAACCUGCAAUUUCUUGCCUGGCUGCCCAGAUGGCUACUUUGGGCCCUCCUGCAACCAGUUGUGCCGGUGUGAGCACAACGCGACGUGUGAUGCUCUGGGCGCCUGUGAAUGCCCGGCUGGCUGGAGCGGCUUAACCUGUGGUGACCCCUGUGAGCCCUGGUACUACGGAUCCAACUGCUCCCGGACUUGUGACUGUCCCGAGGAAGCGCUGGAGUGCAGUCCCAUAGAUGGAAGCUGUUCAUGUCCCCCAGGAUUCUACGGAUUAAAUUGUUCUCGUGAAUGCCCUGAUGGUUACUUCGGAAGUAACUGCAGAAAUGUAUGCAGUUGUGAUAAUCUAACCGAGACGUGUGACCGCUUGGAUGGAGCGUGCAAAGCAAAGAAGGGACCACCUCCUUCCUCGGCUGGUCCCAACCCAAGAGAUCCCGGCGGUCGAAGCUCGUCUGCAACAGGUGCUGUAAUUGGUUCAGUAAUAGCUGGAGUCGUCCUGGUCGGUUUGAUCGUAGCUCUGGUGUUCUUUCUCCAACACAGACGUAAACAAGGCAAGGAGAACAGGACUGAUGCUCUCUCCAUUUCGCCUUAUGUCUGUUAUAAUACUGCAGCAGCUGCUAAAGACGAAUAUACCGAGCUAGAGGAAAGGCGCUAUUGUGGCAACACGUACGCCGAGGCAAUCGACACAUUCAAAUCUAAUCCCCGGCAUUGCAUCGUUGGAGGCGCUACAUACGCCAUACCCGAGAAGCCAAAUCCGCCGCCUGAUGCCGACGCCGGGGAUGUCAAACUUGAUGAAGACUACAGCCAUCUUGAUCGUGCUGUGAUCACGCCACCCACAGCAAAUGCUUUGGGUAAAGAACACGACUACGAUGCUCUCGGGCUGACGGCCCCCGAUUCGGGCGAUCAGUACAGUCACCUGGAGAGAAAUCAAAGGGCGGCCAGCAUGCGCAGUGCGGAGGACGCUGACAGGAAGUACGGGAGUCUGCUCCAAUCAGGAGAGCACGAAGGAGAGUACAGCAACCUCGAUCGCAAGACCGGGCGUUCCCAGGAAAAGGAAAAAGAUUACGGCAACCAGUAUGAGGUUGUCAGAGUUGAAUAAGAAGGCACGAAUUUGUUGUACAAUGUUUCUCAUGUCAGUCAUACAGCUCUAAGCAGGGCACAUUUAAACCUCUUUUUACAUGCGACCGCCACUCCUUGCUGCCUGCCAGCCGCUUUCACAAUAUAUUUUUGGGGGUAUACAGCGUGAAGUACCUUUUCAAAUCAAUAAUCAAAGCGAAACAAAAUUCAAGUCCACACAAAAACCGAAUAUCAAACUGAAAACAGAAAGCAAAGUUAAAAGUUACUUUUGGACUUUGGAAAAUCUCCAUCUACAUGGGGGAAACUGAGAAGCAUAUUGAUCAGCGGCUGCAAUUCUUCCUAGCAACGCCGGGAUGUAUUAAUGCAAUAUCUGUUCAUCAUUCAGAGAAUUAAUUUAGAACAGGAUAUCCAUGACUGAUGAAGGUGGUGAUACGUGUGCCACUUGAGAUGACGUUCAUACCGAUGACUAGUUUUAGAGAAUGGUGAAGUUCCACGAGAGAGUAGAAAUAAGGCAUUUGCGAGUUAAAUUUGAAUAAAAUCUGGUACAAUGAAUUAUUUAAAUUCACGUGAACAUAAA